GGUAGCAGUCAGUGCAAUGGGAUAGAGGAGAGCGAGAGAAGGAGGAGAGUGAAUGCUGGAUCUGCCUCGCUUGCCUGUCGUCUGCUGAAGCUGGGUUGUACUGCCUGCUCCACACUGCACCGGCACACAGCAGAGUCACGGCCCGUUUGAAUCACCGUCUGUUCUCUCAGCACCACCGUGGACCCCCACAGCACCCCCCAGCAAAAGGACAACCAGGGACAGAGCUCACCACGCUUUCUCCAUCACCAAAAGGGGGACGCAGCAGAUUUCACCAAGGAGCCUGACGCUACAAUUUAGGCACUAGCUGCUAAACCUCAACCAAAUCCCCCCUCCACCUUGUCCCAUCCUUCCCAACACUCCUCUCUCACUCCUCCCUAUGCCCUUGUCCUCGGCGGCUCCUCUCACCUCCCUGGCCAGUAUAUGGAUAGAAGCUCCCUGUUUCAGCUCAUACAAGAGCAGGUAAGCGAGUGAGAAGGCAGGCGGCAGAGGUUUCUAUGGUUACGGGCUCCUGGCCACCUCGCCGUCUAUCCAGGGAUUGAGACGUGGAGGCUUUGGCUGGCGAGCCGAUGUUAGGAUUGAUAGCAGGGGCUGUUUGCACGGGCAAAAUGAGGGCGUGAGACAACACGACGGACGCAAGCAUCAUGGAGCCAUGUGUGCCCAGAGAAUGUGAGCUGGACCCAGACAACACCGGUUUCAUCGCAGUGGAGAACUUCACCAGCUUGGUGGAGCACCAUGAGCUGCAGCUGGACCCGUCCAAACUGGACAUGCUGUUAGCGCUGGUCCAGAGCAAUGAGGAGGGGCAGGUGUGCUACCAGGAGCUCAUCGAGCUGAUGAGCAGUAAGCGCUCCAGCAGUUUCCGACGGGCCAUAGCUAAUGGCCGCCGCACGCUGCAGAGGGAGAUCCUGCUGGACGAGACGGGGCUGGGUCUGUACAAACGCUUCGUCCGCUAUGUGGCAUACGAGAUCCUGCCCUGCGAGACGGACCGGCGCUGGUACUUCCACCAGAACCGCCUGUGUCCCCCGCCGGUCUUCAUCGCCAUCGUCACCAUCGUACAGAUCAUCGUGUUCAUGUGCUACGGCAUCAUGCUGAACAAGUGGGUUCUGCAGACCUACCAGCCCGACUUCAUGAAGAGUCCUCUGGUCUACCACCCCGGACACCGAGCUCAAGUGUGGCGCUUCUUCAGCUACAUGUUCAUGCACGUUGGUUUGGAGCAGCUGGGGUUCAAUGCUUUACUGCAGCUGAUGAUUGGCGUUCCUUUGGAGAUGGUCCAUGGUAUAUUACGGAUAAGUCUUCUAUACAUGGCAGGAGUGCUGGCCGGCUCGCUCACAGUGUCCAUCACCGACAUGCGAGCUCCGGUGGUGGGUGGGUCCGGAGGGGUCUACGCUCUGUGCUCGGCACAUCUGGCCAACGUCGUCAUGAACUGGGCCGGGAUGCGUUGUCCGUACAAGCUGCUCCGCAUGAUCCUGGCUCUAGUUUGCAUGAGUUCGGAGGUGGGUCGUGCCGUCUGGCUCCGCUUCUCCCCCCCGCUGCCCUCAUCGGGGCCCCAGCCCAGCUUCAUGGCCCACCUGUCGGGGGCCAUAGUGGGCAUCAGCAUGGGGCUGCUGAUCCUGCGCAGCUACGAGGAGAGCCUGCAGAAACAGUGCUCCUGGUGGGUCAUCGUCUUCUCCUUCAUCACCUUCCUCCUCUUCGCCAUCUUCUGGAACAUCUUUGCCUAUGAGCUGCUGGGGGUGCAGAUCCCGCCUCCUCCCUGAUGAAGGCCCCCCCCUCCCUCUCCACAGGUCCUAAUCCACACACACACUGACUCAAUUUUUUUUUUUAAAUCCCUCUUGGACCAUACUUAGCAUUUCCUCUCAAGUUAGACCCCAAUUAUAAGAAAUCAUUCAAAACAAAACUAAAUCUAAGAAUCCUUUUUUACAGAUACUUUGCAAAUCAAAGAAAUAUGUCUCUUUUAUUAAAGAGGGAUUACAGUAGCAACAAGAACAGGUGAAAGUUCCUCAGAUCCAUUUCGAGGAGCGUUGUAUCUUUUGAUGUAUACGUUUUGAAAUCUCAUCCACAUUACCAGCACUAACCUUUCAGUGAGCAUUUAUCCGCCAUGCUCUUUAUUUCAGAGGCUUCUUGAAAAGCUGUUUCAUCAUUUGUUUCUUUGUGUGCAUCUCUCAUACAUUGUUGACACGUGCCUGUGGUGAAAAGCAAAGGGAAUAAAAGGGAGGCAAACAGUAGAGUGACAAUGCUGGAGAAACACUAAGAGACAUUUUUCUUUUAUCACGCCUGAAUCUGAGUCCUCGGGCUGUGCCAAAAGUCAGAGCUGCAGCUGCUUUAAAUUAAGAUUAAAGAAGAAUUUCAGGAAAAGUUUAUUUCUAGACUAGAGGGUAGCAAUACAACAAAAAAAUUCUGAAGAACCAAAUGAAAUAUGAUUGCUGUUGUGUUUUUGUGAUUCCACAGCCCUGUUGUAACUCACCGGGUGACUGUGGCGUUUUCAAAAUCGCUGAUUGAAAAACAAAAAACAACUUACAAAACGUUUUUCUCAAAUUGAGCUGCCAAGAAGGGUCUCCUGCCCAAUUUGAAAACAAAAUGCUUCGAGUGCAAAUGGUUCUCCCAAAGCAGGAAGAAUGAGAGGGUGAUUUGAAACGCAAGAUUUCAGGCACGUUUAAUUCUGUCAUCCUCAAGAAGACAUCUUCCUUUUCACCUCAUGGGAUCUUUAUAAAUGAGAAGACAUCCGUUUUUCUUUUACAUUUUUUACAUGGCAUUAUACCUACACUGUGGAUACCGAGACAUAUUUCACACAACAUAGACGUGAAGAUGGGAAAUGAAAGCGAACGCGUGACAUGGAGAAAAAGAAAAAAUGAAGCUCGCUAGAAAAAAGACGGAUCAAGUUUCCUGGAUGGUCAUCGCUUCCCCGGGUGAUCUCCGCCUGUUGUCGAACUAAACACCAACUUGCUAAGCGCACCGUGUAAAAUAUGCCAUGUCAUGCUCUGUGGCUCUCAGCGAGACAAGGACACACACACACACACACACACACACAGUUUCUCCUCUUUGUCUUUGAGAGCAGCCACCGCCUGAUUCUGAAGGUCAACGUGGACAAACCGAAGAGAACACACACACACACACACACACACACACACACACACACACACUGGCCCCUGCCUGUUCUCGCUCUGACAGACUGGACUGGGGAGGGCGUGGAUGUGUCAUCACCUGACCUCUGACCUUUGCGUCCCAGAGGGCAUUGGGAUCUCUGUCGGGCCCGGUCUAUACCUCAGUUUCUCAUCCUUAGGGACUGUAUACUUUUGUAAAGGAAUGUACCUAUAAAGAAAAGAAAAAAAGAGUGUUAUUAAGCUGUCCCCAUUUUUCUUUUUGAUAGUGGAUGUGUAUAUCGUAUGUUCAUAGUUCAUAACCAAGAGUAUAUUUAUUUGGUCUCAUCUCCUCUUUGACGAGGAAGAGUUUCAAAUGGUGCAAACUUAUUGCUAUGAUUGUUGUUCUUCUGAUUACUCCUGUCCUGUAUGCUCCUCUGAAAAAUAAUCCACGAGGCAGAAUCCCCACACAAGCUUGAUUUUAUAAAUCUUUAGUGCUUUACAAAAUAAGCCAUAGAAAGAACUAAUUGGAGAGGGUGAAAGAAAAAGAUGUUGGAUUGGUAGCUUUAAUUUUGUUCGUGUGAUCAAACAUUUAUCCUCAUUUUGAAACCGGUGAUGUGAAAGAAGACAAACUGUGCAGCCUGUAAAACAGAUAUUUUCAUGUAGCGAGACACAUUUUUACAACUUGUUCGUUAACUUGUUCGCAGCUUUAAUUUGCGCGCACAUCUCCUCUCCCCCCCUGCAGCAACUCUUCUUUUGCAAGUAACAAAAUAUGGACAGUGCUUCUGUCAUAUAUUUCUCCUGAGUGAUUCAAGCUUUUUGGAAAGCUGAGGCGAGGAUAGCAAUUAGAUUUUCUCCUGCUACGUUCCAUUUUUCAGCCUUCAAUCAAUAAUUCAUUUGAAUGUCCACUGGCUGCAUGAGGGUAAAAAAUAUUAUGCAUUUGCCAAUUUUGAUAGUCGGUCAUAAAUACAUUCCUUUGCAUUUGCUUCCACAUGAAACUGUCAGUAGUGACAGAAGACUCGGCGCUAAAUGAGGAAUUCCAUAGCCAGAAAAGCCCUGUUUCGGAUGCAUUAAAAGGAAAGGAUAAGCUAAUACGUAGUAUUAAAGAAUCCUUGAUGGGAACUCCUGUGUAUACUACGAAAUACUUUUUGCUCAGGAUAGCAAAGAUGCAUUGAUGAAUAAUUUACACAUACCCUGUUAGCCUAUAAUGAAGAUAAAGAGGAUGCCGGAGAAGAGGUUAAUGUUCCUCUUUAACUGAAGAUUCACAGGAACCCAUAGGGCCUGUAAAAGGGGGCUAGUAAAUGUUUUUCUUGUGCACAUUAAAUGUUAAUAUUACCUUUACUCGAAGUACAUGCAGGACUAAAAACAGUGAGUUUGUGUCCCCCGAAACAGAUACUAACCUGAGUUGUUCUCAUACAAAGUGAGAUGCAGAGUUUUGGAUUCGCUAUUAUGUUAUUUUCUGAAAAAGGCAGACAAUAUCCUCAACACAAGAAAAAAUUAAGUGUGUGCAUGUUAGAAAAACAGGUGGACAGGAAAUGUUUUUAGGCUUUUUUAGCACUUUUCAACAACAAGGCAGUUCAAAAACAUUAAAAGCAUUAGAGCCACAGAAACACAUCAUGCAAUUACAUUUAAAAACAAAAAUCCAAGAGUAUACCAACAAAAACCAGCUCAAAUAGAAUAUGAAAGGUAUAAAAUACAAGACGAAAAGUCACAGACCAGUUUAAAGAGUAGUUUUUUUACCUAUCUGUAGGACAAGUCUCCUCAGCCACUCAGCUUUCAGCAUCUUAAAGAAAGUCAUAGAGGCCUGUCUCCCAUCCUCUGGUUAACAGUAUAUGACGUUAAAUGGUUAGUGAGGGACAUCAGAAGGUGUCUUUAUAAAACCAGCUGCUGCGUACGUGCUCUCCCAUCAUGCCGCACACCCCCCCCUGUCAGGAUGAUGCAUGGCUGCGUGCGUAAACAGGAUAUCUUCCUUUAAUAAGUGGACCUGACAGGCUGCAUGAUGUUAAUUUAAUCGCUGUCUUUUGAUUGACACUUUUGUUUUCAUCAGUACAAAGGGAAGGCGUGGUGAGGGAUGGCAUGAGCUGAAUAGAAGCAGACUAUCAAUAACGUAUGAUAAAUAAUAAACAAUGUGAUCCAUCACUUAAAGUAAUAAGAGGUCAGACUGUUUGAGUCUCUUGGAGAUCAUGCAUUGUGUUUGUGAUGCAGCUAACCUUGCAUACAACAUAGCCUGAUUUGAAACUAAAAACAAUUAAAUCCUUAGUUAAGACACCAUGAAACCUAGGCAACAGGUUGUUUUUUGUACCUAAAAAAUGCCUCAUAGUGUUUGUGUUUUCAUGACUGUAUGCUCAAGGACCUCUUAUGGUUGCAGUGAUUCAGAGUUUUUGAGAAAGCUAUUUGAUUGACUGUUUAAUACCCUCACUCACUGCUGACUCCUCUAAACCGGCCUGAUGAUUUGCAGAGUUAAAAUCUUUGAGAUCCCAUUAGAUUCAAGCUAUUUUUGUUAGUGCUAGGUCUUCUGUUACCGCUCAUCUUUGUCCUUUUUGUAAGUAAACAACUGCUUUAGUAGGAAAGCAUUGAGUUCAAUCUACUAGGCUGAAAACAAGUCUUUGAUAUUCUGUUGCAAACCUUUGUUUUGGUAAAAAAACACACUUAAAGGUUGGUCUCAUUUUGAACCGUAGCAUCUGCAGAUCAAUUGCAUACCUCGUUAGAGUCCACACAAGUUGGCCUCAAUAUAAGUUAAAUACAUCUCUGUUCUGGAUAUUUGCCGCCAUUUGGACUGUAAGGGAGCCUUGAUGGACAAUUGAGUGAUUGAGAUUCAACUGUUUAUGAUAAGGAGACACACUUACAGAUCUGCUGAGUUAUCAUACAUGAACCCUGGUUGAUGUGACUGCACACAAAAUACUGUUCAUUUCUGUUUUCGUCCUAAAAAUGCAGCAUACUUGACAUUUCUUUGCUUAUUUUCUAUUGCUGUAUUUCAUCAAACAUGGGCUGUUUUGCACCUAAUGUAUACAUGUUGCCAUAUUCUCUACUGCCAUAAACAUUCUUCGAUGGUUUUUUACCUCCCUAUGCCAAUCCAUUGUGCUGUUAUGCCCAAUGCCUUGUUAUCGUAUACACGCCCACAUUUUAGCACCGGGCAGAAAGGCUGCUUUGCUGUGUUUCUCUCCAUGAUCAUGCACAGAAUGCAUAAGAGCGAUAAGCCGCAGUGCAAACAACUGAGAGGUUGUUAAUAUAUCCUGUAGCUGCUCUGAACUGCUGCCAGGUUGCCUUUUCUUAGUCUUUAUUGCUACUUAGAUAUACAUGGGUAACUCACUGCAGGAUUGUGCAACUAAAUCAGUAGCAACAACCAAUACAUUUACUGAGGACGUUGAAAUCUGAAAUGCUGGUUUAGGCCCCGAAAAGCAGACUUUUGGCUGUAGUUCUCAAAGUGAUCCGGCAUCUAUACAUAAAAUCAGUGUCAAAGGUUAGAUUUUAAUUUGAAUAUUAAAAUAACAAUAUCAAAGAUUUUCAUUUAGAUAAAUAUCGGGUAAAUUGCUACCGCUAAUAAAGGUCUAACAAUGGUGAUGAUAACUUAUCAAAUCUCUUAUUUUUGCGGUAUUAUGAAACACUGGGUGUCUGGUGACAUUCCCGGGAAAAACACAAGUGGCAAUCUUUGGGAAGUUAGAUCCAAAAAUACACUGCAAUUACUGCUUAUCGCCAUAUGUCCUGUCGAAGAUAACGAAAUCUUCAAGAUUGUAAUUUUAAUUUAACAGAAACAACAUAAACUGGCUGGGACAUCACAAACUAAACAUGCAUCUGUGAAUUUAAAUGCUUGCAGGUUGUCAUAGUUCAAGAACUGAUACAUUAGCAACUAGCAACAUUAGCAACCAGCAACAUUAGCAACUAGCAACAUUAGCAACUAGCAACAUUAGCAACAUUAGCCACUAGCAACAUUAGCAACUAGCAACAUUAGCAACCAGCAACAUUAGC